UGCCAGCGCUGCUGCUUUGACUGACAGUGUGACGGUAGCUGCAAUGUAGCGAACAUGGCGAUUAACCCUCGUGACGGGCUUCUUCUGUCACCGGCCUGACGUAGGUUUACAUGUGAUUUGUGACUGGACUGUUGUGUGAGAGAGCGAGAGAGAGUACAUGCGUGCUGCACCAUCGUAGCAGUCAUACGUGGGCAUCCGAAGAGGCCAUGGGCCGUCCGUGAUGCGUACCAUACAGAAACCGCAGGCGUGUAGCCAACACCACCGCCCCACGCUGGGGGACCCGCUGCACGCGAGUCCGCGAGGCCGAGCGUCUGACCACUCCCCACUGGUCAGUCCGCCGUGUCCAGCCUCCGGCCGCGCGAUCCCGGCAAGUCCUAGGCAUCAUGGCCCUACAGUGGAGGACCUUCAUCAGGCGGUCAGACUUCACGAUAUCGCCCGCGUGGAGAAGAUCGCAUCAGCUCUGACAGACGUCAGCAGCAGCCUGCGCGCCACCACGGCUUUGUCGCUGGCGGUGUACCAGGGACACCUGGACACCGUUGAGCUGCUGCUGAGGCACGGCGCCGACGUCGACAAGCUGAGUCGCGACGCCAUGGAGCGCCUGGAGACGCCGCUCUUCUCGGCGUGCCGCCUCGGCCACACCGGCAUCGCGCGCGUGCUCAUCCAGCGCGGCGCCGACCUCAACAAGACCGACUUCUACGCGCACACGCCCGUCUGGAUCAACACGCGCGACAAGCGCGCCGAGAUCAUCCAGAUGCUCGUCGAGCGAGGCGCGCGCCUCAACAUCUCGCCGGCGUGGAACCAGUGCCCGCUGUACCUCGCCGCGAAGUUCUCGGGCCGGCUUGCGAUCGCGACGCUGCUCGUCUACCACGGCGUGCGGCUCGACGUCGCCGACCGCAGCGGCCACUCGGCGCUCUACUGGGCGCUGCACAACUGCGACCGCGACCUCGCGCGGCUGCUUGUCUCCGCCGGCGCGCGCCUCAACCCGUCGUGGGUGCUCAGCGACGAGCUGCCCUACGAGCUGCAGCGCGACGAGACGUUCUCCGAUUGGCUGACGGAGGAGGCGACGACGGCGCCACCACUGCUGCGACAGUGUCGCGCUGUGGUGAGAGAUCGGUUCAGGUGCUUAGCCGAUUACAGCAGCAUCGUAGGUCGGAUCGAGCAGUUGCCUCUACCGAAGCGACUCUUAGAUUACGUUAAACUUAAAUCAUAAGGAUUCUCUUGUAUGGAUGAGACGUUUAAUGUACAAUAUUAGCUUACAAUGCAAUGGUAAUCAUCUUGUAAGUUUACUCUAAAGCAGUCGACAGUCACUGGAACCUGAAAGUUGUGUCCACAAAAGAGCAUGUCAGAAAAAAAUCGUUAUUGUCUCGGUAGAAGCAGGAUUCAUGCUGUUUCAUUACAAUAUGUGAGUAUGUGUGCCCACGUCUCUACGUGUGUUAAUUUUUGUUUCUUACGUGCCAGUAAGAUGCACAGUUAGUACAUCUCUGUAUGUGUAUUUGCAUGCUUGCAUUGCAGAACAAAAGAAAUGAGGAGCGAAAGGAUAAUAUAUGAUUGAAUUUAACUAUAGCAUGUAAAGGGUCUAUAUAUGUUAUGAAUGACUUUGCUGUUCAGUAAUGUGUCUGAUACUGAGUUUUUGUUCGUCAGUGUGGCAACAGAUAGAGCUUCCUUUAUUGGUUGUGAAAUGUAGUUAGUGUGUUGUAGAAUGUUUUCUUAAAGUAGGUCUACCAUGUAUAUUCAUGGAUAUUUGUUUAUUCUUAGAAAUCGUUUGCAAACUAUAAUAGUUUGCAGAUACUGUGGUAAUUCUGUGGUUGUAUAAAUCUCGUCUAAAGCUAGUCAUCACAAAUCGUUUCAAAAAUAACCAUCUUCAUCAAAAUUCCAAGAGUCUUGUGCGUAUAAAUUCUGUAACAGCUUCAAUUUGAUAGCAUUUGAGUGAUGAUCAUAUAAUUACCACAAUGUUUUCGGGACCAAUUUCUUUUUUCUUCUCUUGUAAUUUUGCAUUUGAUUUGAAAUGCAGCCCAAAAUGGCAGCAAGUAUUCGCAAAGGGUGAGAACUCUAGUCUUAAUAUAUAUAGUUGAAAUUGUGUAUUAAUUUAAUAAGUUAUUGUUAAUGACAAUCGUACCUGUGUAUAAUCGUAACGUAAUAGAGUGAGUUCAGUAGGUUUUAUUUCUAAUUUAUUUUUCUAGUGUAGCCUAUUCGUUGUUUCGACAUGCCUCUGGCCUGCUUUUAAUUAAUUAUCAUUCGGGGCUGUUGACUAGCAUUGCUGUCAUGUUACUUGUUGUUUUUGACAUCAUCCUUGCUGAGCAUUGAUUAAUAAUCAGUCAUCAACAUCGAUCCUUAUGGCAUUGCUGGCGAGUCUCAAGACUAGAGUGUUUUGUGUGAGUGUGAUUAUACGCGUGUUAUGUACAGUCAAACCUGUGUUAGCGGCCACUCCUGUAGAAAGGUCACAUGUCCAUAAAGGCCGCUUACGUCAUUUGACUUAAUUGGCUGUUAUAUGGAGGUUUGGCCGUAUUUAAAUAUGUAUAGUUAGAUUAAUAGACAUAGGUAAGCUAACACACAGCUGAGUGAGAAAUGUUAGUGUCGUAUCGGCCAACUGUGCAGAGGUGUGUUAUUGUGAGAUCACAUGCCAGUGUGGCAACAGUAUAAUGUAUAAAUACCAGUCCGUCGUAGAGGCAGGUUGGUCUUCUCUGCAGCAUGGCAUGGCGAUAUAUAUAUAUAUAUAUAUAUAUAUAUAUAUAUAUAUAUAAUCAGGAGUGUAUAUAAAUAUAGACUAUAUUAUAUACUAUAUUCUAUAUUCCUACGUCUAUAUUAUACACUCCUGAUAUAAUUAUAUGUGCGCGUGUUGUACAUAGAACGUUGGGGCGCUUGGCGUGCAUGCGUGGUGACUAGGUCGUAACUCACGGGUUGCCAGUGUGUGAGUGUAAAAUAAUUAUAAUUACAGCUUAAUUAAUAGCUUAAUUAUAAUUACAAAUAAUGAGCUAUCGUCGACUAGUGUCUUCUUAUGAUGUGACGUCAGUAUUCGUGCGUUUCACGUCGUUGUUUGGGUACUGGUGUCAUUUGUCCGCCGGCAGGAACUAAUCUACCGUUAUAAUGCGUGUAACAAUGCGCAAAUGCUUUCCGUCCCAGCAGCACGCAUUCAGUCGAUCCCCUCUCCCGCGGCUCCCUGCCUGCAGCGACUCUUACAGAUAGUUCUGCAUAUUCGGAGCUGCUAGUAAUGGGUAUAAUAAGGGGCGCCUACCUACAUAAUUAUGUUCGUCCACUGUCGUCUAGCUGGCGACUUUUUUCGAAAAUAGAAUUUCGUGAUUCUUCAAAAAGAAAGUCGGUUAGAAGUUCUUCAUGCAAUACUUAUUGAACACUUCAUACAAGUCCUAGGUGUGACAAUAUCCCGUACGAGUCUCAGGAUGCUACAAGUUCGAAUCUCCUUCUCUGAACACAUUCGCUAAAAUACGCGCUUAAUGUUACGCUCAUAUAAAAUGUCUAUAAACGAGUGGGUUUAUAUUGUUGGAGAUGUAAUUGUUACAAUAUGCUUUUAGUGUCCCACAAACUACAAAUCAUCGGGACUAUUAUAACUGUCUAUUUAUAGUUUAAUUGUUGUUGUUUAAUUUAUGUGUUAUUUAAUUGCGUGUUCAUGACGUCGAUAUGGUCGAUAUAUGUUGAACGUUGUCUGUUGUCACCAUCUCCAUAAGUCUGACUUUUUGUUACACUGCUGAUAUAUACCUCUGCACAUCUGUGACAAUAUACUAAAAUAUUGCAACGCAAUAUAAUUACAUUGUCUCUGUGAAACAGUCGUAUUGUAACAGCACUAAUGUAAUAAAUUAUGUUGUUGUAAUAAAAUGUUGGUGCAAUGUAUGUCGAUCAAAAA